AUGGACUUCGACCUGAAAACAGCACCCAAUUCGCAGGAGGAGCAGCGGCCCUGCCCUCUCUUCUGUCAGGCUCCCGAACAGCUGGAGCCCGGCUAUGUCGCCCAGCGGAGCUGUGACGUUUGGGCGUUGGGUGUGAUCGCGUACUUUUUGCUCUCAGGGGCAUCCCCCUUCGAGCCCUCCAAAGGAGUUACCGACCCUUCCAACAACCUUGCCUUCAGAAAUGCACGUUAUGUUUUCAUGCCAACGGAGGUCUGGCGCAACGUGAGCCGCGAGGCGAAAAGCUUCAUCGCUCUUUGUCUGGAGCUCGCGCCAAGCGCGCGGCCACCCGCCAAGACACUGCUUGGCAUGCCUUGGAUGCAGAUGGCUCGAGGAGCACUCGAGAGCUCAAUGCGCCCCAGCAAGAACAUCCAGGUCGAUAUCAUCGGGAAUGAUGUGGACUCGAUUCCUGCGCUGUCGAACACCGUGCACGGAACACCCGUCGGCCCCAGGCUUUGCUUUGACGACGAUCCGCUGCCGCGAUCGCAAAGCGAGCAAUCGAACCUGUCGCGCAUGUCUGAGUUCCAGCUCGCCGAGCGCGACGCGGUCAUGCUGGUGGCACACUCUGUGCACAAGAAUCACAUGCCGAUCCUACAGAAGUUCCUUGAAGAACGGGAUCCCGAUAGAUGUGGGCUGGUCACCUUCGCGGUUCUGGUCCAGGGGAUGAGGUUCUGUGGCGUGGGCGUGAAGGAUAUGGAUGACAUUUCCGGAGCAGUGUGCUACACCGACUUCCUCUCCGAUGUCGCCCAGUUCCAGAAAAACAUGCAGGAGUCGGCUCUUUGGUUCGCUUUCUCGACCUUCGACAUCAAGUGCACAGGGGAGGCAGACCGGCGGGCGCUGCAGAAGGAGCUCUGUGAUGAGCGCUCCUACCUCUACGAGUGCUUUCGGGUCAACUUCCCGAGCCUUUCUCCGGAGGCGGUGCUGCCCCUCUUGGAGCAGGCCCCCUCCAGCCGGAUCUCCUUCGAGGAGCUCAUGGGCAUUCUCCAGAGGUUGUCGCCCGACAGUGUCGACCUGAAAGAGAAGUCGCCGUUCUGA